CAAAGAAAAAGAAAAAAGGGAACUGGAGCGAAGGGCCCUGGAAUGGGAGGAGCCAGGGCUGGUAAAUGUGGAGACCCCUCAAGGUAGGAGAAACAAGAGCGGGGUUCCUGAGAGAUGCUUGAGUUGAAUGGAGGACAUGGGAGGAAAAGAGAGUGCUUGUUCCAGAAAUGGGUAGCUGGGCCUUGUUUUCCCAGUAAUCCACCCACCGCCACUUCAAGAAGAAAUGAUAUGAAGAAGUGCCAGUUCUCCCUCCCCUCUUCCGCACUGUCCCGUGAUGAUGACGCCUCCAGGGAGGACGAUAAUCUGGGUUCCCGGGAGAGAUGGCUUGGUCACUAUUCCCACCCUUGCCUCGGCCACUUGUCUCAAUGUCACCACCUCACGCCCUGUUCCAGGUGGCUGAGUCCGAAUCCAAUAAUGCUCGGAAUAUUUUUCAAUGUCCAUUCCGCUGUGUUGAUUGAGGACGUUCCCUUCACGGAGAAAGAUUUUGAGAAUGGCCCCCAGAACAUAUACAACCUUUACGAGCAAGUCAGCUACAACUGUUUCAUCGCUGCGGGCCUUUACCUCCUCCUCGGAGGCUUCUCUUUCUGCCAAGUUCGGCUCAAUAAGCGCAAGGAAUACAUGGUGCGCUAGGGCCCCGGCUCGUUUCCCCGCUCCAGCCCCUCCUCUAUUUAAAGACUCCCUGCACCGCGUCACCCGGGUCGCGUCCCACCCUUGCCGGCGCCCUCUGCGGGACUGGGUUUCCCGGGCAAGAGACUGAAUCCCUUCUCCCAUCUCUGGCAUCCGGCCCCCGUGGAGAGGGCUGAGGCUGGGGGGCUGUUCCGUCUCUCCACCCUUCGCUGUGUCCCGUAUCUCAAUAAAGAGAAUCUGCUCUCUUAA